UCGAUAUCUAAACUACGACUCACACGCCUUGGACGUGAUUCUUUCACUAGACACUCGUCUUCGCUGCCCGUCAUGGCUCCCACAGUUAUCGCUGCCAUUGACCUUGCCACCUACGGACAAGACACUACUCAAGGCUUGACCCCCCAGCAAUUGACCUACGUGAGCAAUGUCUUCGCCCGCGUCACUCCCGAAACCGUCGACCACGCCUUAUCCCACCUUCAACAAUCUGUAGGCCGGUAUACAAACUACCUCGGAGCCACCCUGCUCUCCACCGACCACAUCGUGUCCCUGCUCGAUGCUGGCGCCGCCAAAGUCUUUGUUACUGCCGAACAGCUCCAGCAGCUUCUCGCACUCAAAAUCGACCAGGACAGAAUCGUCCUUUGUUUGCCCGGCCGCACCAAAGAGGAAAAUAUCAACGCCAUUGCCGGUACCGCGGUUGACGUAUACUACCAUGAUGUGCAAGAUGUGAGCAUUGUCGAGGCCUGGCUGAAGGAGUAUGGCACCGACCGACCUGAUGUCUUCAUCUCAUUCGCGAACCCGGAUCUGGAGAGCGCGCUGCUCAUUUCCAAGCUAAAGGCAAUCCCCGUUCUCCCCGCUCAGAGCCUUACUGUCGACUCGCAAAAAGAACCAAACCUCCUCAGCGUUGCUAAAAUCGUCAUGGCGAAUGCGACGAGCGAUCGCGCCGAUGGGCUCUUCACUACCUUGGUUGUGGACGAACGACGAACAGCCCUCGGAUUGGUAUACAGCAAUGAAGAGAGCGUGGCCGAAAGUUUGAGAACGGGACGUGGCGUGUACCACAGUCGCAAGCGGGGGUUGUGGUACAAGGGUGAGAGCAGCGGAGAUGUUCAAGAACUCGUCUCGCUGUCGUUGGAUUGCGACAGUGACUGCUUGCAAUAUGUGGUUCGCCAGAAGGGCAGAGGCUUCUGUCACCUUGCGACACCCACCUGUUUUGGCCAGUACACCGGUCUGUCUCGUCUCCAAAAAACCCUCCAGAGUCGCAAAGAGUCUGCCCCAGCGGGUUCGUACACUGCCCGACUGUUCAACGACCCGCAAUUACUACGCGCAAAAAUACUCGAGGAAGCUACCGAGCUCUGCGAUGCGAACACAAAAGAGGAGAUCGCUUUCGAAGCGGCGGAUGUUUUCUACUUUGCUCUGACCAAAUGCAUAUCUGCGGGAGUCUCGCUGGAGGAUGUGGAGCGCAACCUUGAUGCGAAGAGUAUCAAAGUGAAGAGGAGACAAGGAGACGCGAAACCUGCUUUCAUGGGAGGUUCGGCAAACACCGGCAGUCAAAAGGAGGUGGUUAAAGAAGCAGCAUCGAUACCAAAGAGCAAAGACGACCCGGCUGGGACCAAGAAUGGCCGGAUAGCGAUGAAGCGACUUGACACGACAAACGAGACCCCGCAGACAAUAUUGAAGGCAUUGCAAAGACCAUCACAGCGCUCUAGCGACAAGAUCAUUGCAAUUUGUAACCCGAUUAUCGAAGCGGUCAAGACACGCGGUGACGCUGCAGUACUGGAAUAUACCCACAAAUUCGAAAAGGCUACCUCACUGACUUCACCUGUACUGAAAGCGCCCUUCCCCGAGUCUUUGAUGACUCUGCGGCCUGAGACUAAGGAAGCAAUGGACAUUUCUUUUGAGAACAUUAGAAAGUUCCACGCUGCCCAGAAAGAGGACAAGCCGCUAAUCGUCGAGACAAUGCCUGGCGUGGUGUGUUCGCGUUUCGCACGAGCGAUUGAGCGCGUGGGUCUUUACGUACCGGGUGGUACCGCUGUGCUGCCUUCCAGCGCUCUCAUGCUUGGUGUUCCAGCACUGGUCGCUGGGUGCAAGAAGAUUGUAUUGGCGACCCCUCCGCGCGCAGACGGAUCCGUUACUCCGGAAGUCGUCUACGCUGCCCACAAAGUCGGCGCAGAAGCCAUAGUACUCGCUGGAGGGGCCCAGGCUAUCGCAGCCAUGGCCUACGGAACAGAAAGCAUAUCCAAGGUCGACAAGAUUCUAGGACCAGGAAACCAGUUUGUCACAGCGGCAAAGAUGAUCGUCUCCAACGACACCAACGCUGGCGUCAGUAUGGACAUGCCCGCUGGUCCCAGUGAAGUUCUGGUAGUCGCAGAUGCGACCGCUAACCCAGUCUUUGUCGCAUCCGACUUGCUCAGCCAAGCAGAGCACGGAGUAGACUCACAAGUGAUAUGUAUCGCUGUAGGCCUGAACGAGACGCAACUCGCUGCCAUUGAAGACGAGCUCCACUCCCAAGCCAUGGCUCUUCCGCGAGUGGACAUUGUCCGCGGUGCCAUCGAGCACUCCAUUACCCUCUGCGUAGCCACCAUCGAAGAAGCCAUGACCCUCAGUAACGAGUACGCGCCCGAACAUCUGAUCCUGCAGGUCCAGCACGCCGAGAAGGUCGUCGAUCUCGUCGAGAACGCCGGAAGUGUCUUCAUCGGCCCAUGGACUCCCGAGAGCGUUGGUGAUUAUUCUGCAGGUGUUAAUCACUCCCUUCCAACAUUUGGAUAUGCCAAACAGUACUCUGGUGUCAAUCUCGGAUCCUACAUCAAACACAUCACCAGCUCCAACCUCACCAAGGAGGGUCUUGCAGCCGUUGGCCCUGCUGUCAUGGAGUUGGCGCGCGUCGAAGAGCUCGAGGCCCAUCGACGUGCUGUCAGUCUCAGACUGGGUGUUGCAUAG